GCUGUAAUUCCGAAAGCAGAAUUCUGGAUUUGAGACCAGCGAAGUGGCUGGCCCGAACUUAAAUCGGCGUCCGGCCAUAACCAAGCCCGUCUUCGCAAUGCACGCUGGGACUUGUGGUUCCGAGCUUCACUCGCUUACAAGACCAAGAAACCACUUCCUCACUUCUUUGAGUGCCGGGGCUUCCGGAAGUUGGGGCGUGUUAAAAGCGUCUACGUUCUUUCUCCCGCCUCUUAGUCCCACAGAUUGACAGCACUGGCAGCCAACAGAUAACCGGACUUGUGUAACCUGUUACAUGAUUGGUUCGGAGUUUUGUAACCGCCCAGACAAACUUGGGGAGAAUUGGCUAGCCACAGUUUUGAAAAUUCGCCCGCGCUCACCGCCCCGUUGGUCGUCUGGCUGCGGCGAGCCCUGAAGACCCAGAGUCCAGAGGGUCGGGCUUUGUGGCGAGCCUUAUCUGCGGAGGCCGUGGUCUGGAAUCGGAGUAUUCGGGGCAGACGCGGCGCCGCCCGACAGUGCCACCAUGGGGACCACAGCCCCAGGGCCCAUUCACCUGUUGGAUCUAUGUGACCAGAAACUCCUGGAUUUUGUCUGCAACAUGGACAAUAAGGACUUGAUGUGGCUCAAGGAGAUUGAGGAGGAGGCUGAGCGCAUGUUUGUCAGAGAAUUCAGCAACGAGCCGGAGCUGAUGCCCAAAACUCCCUCUCAGAAGAACCGUCGGAAGAAGAGACGGGUGUCUAACAUUCAGGAUGAAAACAGAGAUCCCAUGAGGAAAAGGUUAUCCCGCAGGAAGUCUCGGAGCAGCCAGUUAGGCACCCGCUGCCUCCGCAGCAAGGACAAGGCGGAGAAGCCGGCUACCAUUGUUGGGGAGAAUGGCUCCCCUGUGUUGCGUCGGAUAACUCGGGCUGCAGCUGCAGCAGUGGCAGCCUCUGUGGCAUCAGCUGCUUCCUCUCCCACUGCUGAGUCUCCCACAGUGCUCAAGAAAGCCGUGGUGGAGGUGAGCACCAGAGAGCAACUGAGUGCAGAGCUACACCUCGUCCAGCUCAAAGGUAGCCUUCCUCCAUCUUCAGUCCCAGCUCCAGCCACACCGCCAGCUUCCCAAGGCAUCCUGACUUCGGAGGAGGAAUCAACAGCCAAGGAGUCAGAGGCUGGGAAGCUGGAAUCUGUCGCAGUGAGCUCCCUCAAGGCUACCCCCCAGAGCCCCAAGAACAGAGGGGUUGGGGCAGGACGUUCUGUUUCCAAGCUCAAGAUUGCUCAGGCCUCCCGGGGCCUGCAGGACUCUCCUGGCUCUCCAGACUCUCCAUGGCAGGAGAGGGUGCUUUCUCCUCUCCUACCAAAUAACAUCUUGCCCACCACAGCCAAGAGCCCUCUUGGGAAUGUUCGGUCAGUGCGACGAAGCCUGAUUUCCCAGGAUCCCCAAAUGCCACUAGCCACAAAGUACUGUUUGGUGGCCAAACAAGAAAAUGCUAAUCGUAGGUCAAGCAGAAGGCUUGCCAGGAAGGCUGACAAGGAGCCAGAGGCCUCUGCUCGCAUCAUCUGUCACAGUUACCUGGAGAGGCUCCUGAAUGUUGAAGUGCCUCAGAAAGUUGGCCUGGAGCAGGAGCCCACUGAGGAGGCUGAGCCUGAGGAAGCAGCGGAGGAGCCGGAGGUGGCAGCGGAGGAGCCAGAGGUCUCCAAAAACAGUGGCUGUACUUCGAAGCGUCACAGUGCCACCAAGAUUGUGAUUAACACGCCUACCUCGAAGCCUGUGGCCACUGGCCAGGCAACAGCUACUGAAGAGCAGCAAGAACCCAAGCUUGACCAAAGAGAUGGACACAGAGAACCACCCCAGAGUGUCAGGAGGAAACGCAGCUACAAGCAGGCAAUGAGUGAACCAGACGAGGAGCAGCCGGAGGAUGAGGAGCUUCAACCCCCCCAGAACAAGACCCCUUCCCCACCCUGUCCAGCCAACAAGGUGGUACGGCCCCUCCGGACCUUCUUGCACACAGUGCAGAAGAACCAAAUGCUCAUGACCCCUACUUUGGCCUCCCGAAGCAGUGUCAUGAAGUCCUUCAUUAAACGCAACACUCCCCUCCGUGUGGACCCUAAGGAGAAGGAACGCCAGCGCCUGGAGAACCUGCGGCGGAAAGAGGAGGCCGAGCAGCUGCGCAGACAGAAGGUGGAGGAGGACAAGCGGCGGCGGCUGGAGGAGGUGAAGCUGAAGCGUGAAGAGCGCCUCCGCAAGGUGCUGCAGGCCCGUGAGCGGGUGGAGCAGAUGAAGGAGGAAAAGAAGAAGCAGAUUGAGCAGAAGUUUGCUCAGAUCGAUGAGAAGACAGAGAAGGCUAAGGAGGAGCGGCUGGCAGAGAAGGCCAAGAAGAAGGCAACUGCCAAGAAGCUGGAGGAGGCAGAGGCACGCCGGAAGCAGGAGGAGGAGACGCGCAGACUCCGGUUCCUCCAACAGGAGGAAGAGGAGCAGCGGCAUUAUGAGAUGCUCCAGCGGAAGAAGGAGGAGGAGCAGGAGCGGCGCAAGGCAGCUGAGGCCAGGCGCCUGGCAGAGCAGCGUGAGCAGGAGCGGCAAAGGGAGCAGGAACGCAAGAGGGAGCAGGAAUGUCUUCAGGCCAAGAGGGAGAUGCAGGAGAGAGAGAAGGCCCUGCGGCUGCAGAAGGAGCGACUCCAGAGGGAACUGGAGGAAAAGAAGAAGAAGGAAGAGCAGCAGCGCCUGGCUGAGCUGCGACUGCAGGAAGAGCAGGCAAAGAAAGCCAAGGAGGCGGCAGCAGGCAGCAAGGUCCUGAACGUGACUGUGGACGUACAGUCUCCUGUUUGUACCUCAUAUCAAAUGACCCCACAAGGACCCAAAUCCCACCCCAAGAUCAGCACAGAUAACUAUGGGAUGGACCUCAAUAGUGAUGACUCCACGGAUGAUGAAGCUCAUCCCCGGAAGCCCAUCCCUUCCUGGGCCAGAGGCUCCCAGCUCAGCCAGGCCAUCGUCCACCAGUACUACCACCCCCCGAACCUUCCAGAGCUCUUCGGAACCAUUCUCCCUCUGGACUUGGAGGACAUCUUUAAGAAGAGCAAACCCCGCUACCACAAACGCACUAGCUCUGCUGCUUGGAACUCACCACCCCUGAAAGCCACCAGGGUCCCCAGCAGCCUGGUCUAUAGCCUGAAGAAGCCAUGAGGCAGGUCCUCAGUCCUCCUGGCAGUACUGGUCCUAUGCGCGUCUGUCUGUUUCUGUGUUGGGCUGGUGCCCUUCUGUGUGACAUGCCAUUGUUCAGAUGGAUGUCAACAUCCUCUGCUUGUCAGGGGCUCCAGCCCUGUGUGGAGGAUGGGCCUGAUGGGUGGCUGGGGAAGAGCCAGGUUGAGCACUGACCGGUCUGUAGGCAGUACUCUGUAAAUAGAUUGUUACCAUUCAGUUGACUUUUACUUUCUAGUGUUGUGCGGUAGGUUAAUAAAGUAUGUACCUUGAAGUCUGCUGUGGCUAUUGUGAAGACAGGGCCUUCGAUGGAAUGUUGGUCUGCAGCAGCGACUCAGGAUCACCUGGGGCCAGAUGGUGUUCCACCCAGAGGUUCUGAUGCCAGACAACCCCUGGGAAGCAUGUCAGCUUGUCAUUAAAGGGCACUUGAACAUCCUUCCUGUUUGUAAAAGGAGCCUGCCCAUUCUUUGGGAAAGACCUGGCCUGUGACACAGCUCUGCUACUGAGCUCUAGUCUCUCAGCCUGACCAUUCAGGCUCUGCCAUGCUUGAGAAAGUCCUUGUGCUGGAUCUGAUCAGGAAGGAAGAAUGCUCUUCAAGAUGACCUUGUGAUCUGUGCUUGCAAGCAGAGAAGGAUUUCACCACAAGACCACUAGCCAUUAAGGAAGUGCUUAGCUCAGUGUGGGAUGGCCCUGGUCCUGAGAGCUCCUGAUACUCUUUCCAUAGAGUUUGGGUCAGCCACAUGGGCAGACAGGCAGUCACACCACAGUUGUCUUGAAGAUACUAUAGUAAGCCCAUGUAUUUUCCCAUUACCUCCAGCUCCACUCUUAAGGACAGUUAAGUUGUGUGGCCUGAGAAGCUGACAAGCCAACCGUGGAAACCUUUGCCAAUUGCUUUAGGUCCAAAUAAAGACUAAAUACAAAUGCAAUAGUUCUUUAAACAGUGAGGAAACAGUGAACACAGUAGUCCAAGUCUAGAUUCUUCCCAUGCAGAGUUCAUGUACGGUUCAUUCAAAUAUGGUGCACACAGUGCAGUUAAUUCCGUGUAUUCUCACUAGUAACAGUUGAGUACACUGGAAGGCAGAACUGUCUAAAACCACAAGCUCAAACUCACUUGUCAGCACAUUUAUUCAGUGCUUAGAAAAUAAACAGGAAGGUAAUCUUGCCGAGUCUUGGCCAGCAUUUGGUAUUGUCUGUAUUUCUUACUUAGCCACCCUAAUGGCUGUAUGGAGAUAUUUCAUCAUGGUUUUAAUUUGCAUUUUCCUAAUGGCUGUUGGUGAAUAUCAUAUCAGAUGCUUGUUUACCACCUGGAUAUCUUUUAUUGGUAACAAGUCUGUUCAAGUACUUCGUUCAUUUUGAAGUGUUUUUUUUUUUUUUUUCCCACUGGAGUUUACGAUGUAAAUGUAGGAAUGCAGUCUUUGUCCGAUGUGCUUUGUGGUAUUCCCCAGUCUAAACUGCAGCUUGUCUUUUCAUUUCUAACACUUCACAGAGCACAGUUUGGUGAGGUCUGUUUUGUUACUUUAUGGGUUGUGCCUUUUUGAGGUCAUGUCUAAGAAAUCCAAAGAUUUCCUUCUGUGUUUCCUAAACUAUUCCAUGGUUGACACAGUGCAUGAGGAUUUAUGAUCGUCUCCAGUUAACUUUUUAACGUGCCGGUGUCCGCCUUUUGUUUGUAUUUGAGGACAUAGACGGUGUCUAAUUAUAGCACUGUUUAUUGAAGAGAUUCAUUUUCCAGAGUUCCCUUGACAUCUUUGUUGGGGAAGCACAUUGGCAUGGGCCCAUGGGCGACUCCUGCUUGGACUCCACAAGGACCAGAACUUGUAGUAAGUCUUAAUCCAGUGCUCUGAUUCUUCCAGCUUUGUAUUUCCUUUUCUGAGUUGAUUUUGACUUGUAUUACUUUUGCUUUUUCAUGUAAAUUUUAGAACCAGCUUAUAUAUACAAAACUUCUCAGUUUUGACUAGCAUUUCAUUGAAUAAUAGACAAAUUAGAGGGGAGCUUGGCACACUUACAAUAUUCUUCCAGUCUGUGAACAGCUUGUCUUUACACCUUUGGUUUCUGUCAUCAGCAUUUUGUGGUCUCAGCAUACAUCCUGUACAUUUUCUGUUAAAUAUUUAUUUUUGUGGAGUACUGUAAAUGGUAUUGUUUUUCUGAUUUGGGUUUAUACUUGUUCAUUGUUGGUAUAUAGAAAUACAAUUGGCUUUUGCA